AGGCAUGCUGAUUCCCGGCCACCCAUGUGCGCAACUUCCAGCGUCUGGUCAGAACUCAGAUAUCUCUGGGCUGGUAAUGAUGCCCAGGAACUGUCAUUCCCAGGCCCAAUAUCACGCAAAACAUUUCCGGAGCCCGCAGAUAGCAGAAACAUGCGAGAAAAUCCUCGGACGAGAUUUCAAGAUCACAAGUGGGCUGCGCGUCAAGCUGAGCGACGCGGGAAAGGAAUAUUUGCGAUUGUGGGACAAGGAACAUGGAACUGACUAUCUGGACGAUGGGAUCGGUACUGUGGUCUACAAUGGGAGAGAAGCUUAUAUGGGCAUGUGCACUGUAAAAUGGGAUAGCGGGAGGAAGCCAAUAAUCGACAACACGUACUACGUCUACAACUGUGGCAAUGACGGGUUGUAUCAUCUUGCUCUCGCCGAGGAGCCCGCAUGGUCUCUAGAACCCCCGGACGAGCUCGGCCUGCGCGAGCAGGACCGGCAGAAACUUCAGUCGAUCCGCGAGAACUCUGCGAGAUCGGAGCGGAACAACACAUGAGCAAGGAGGAGGAGAAAGGAGAUGAGAUGCCAUGAGAGCAUGGAGAGAGCGACGGAGCGGAGGGAGAGGAGAAGCAGAAGCAGAGGUGAGGUGUAUGAUAGGAGGACGCGACCAGUCCGAUCUACCUUGAUUAUUAACUGCGAUGAAUUAGAAAACGAGGGAACUG